UCGAGUCCCCGCCGUUCAGUGAUGUACUGGAUUGGCAACUUUGAUGGAAAGCACUUUGUUCCUGACGACAUAAAAGCCAGAUUUGUGGACUUUGGCUACGACUUCCAAGCCUUUCAAACCUGGAACAAUUAUGUGGAUGAUCGAGUGUUGAUGAUUGGGUGGAUGUGCGUGUGGGACUACUGUGGACUAGUGCCAACCCGACCUUGGAAGGGAGCUCAGUCUCUGGUGCGAGAGCUUUCACUGGAAAGGGAGGCUUCUGCCAUCAUUCUUGUUCAGAAACCAGUCAAACAAAUGGAAAAGUUAAGGUCUGCGCUGAAGCUGGAAUUGGACAAGACUGAUACACUGACUGCCAGGAAGAUGUUUAGAACCAAAAAAGUUCGAGGACGGUCCCUAGAAAUAAAAGUAGAAUUCAAGCCUCAUGCAAAGACAAAGAAAGUAGGCUUUCAGAUAAGAUCAGGAGAGAAAGAAGAAACGAUUGUUUGUUACGAUCACUUUAAAAAGGCCGUGUACAUUGACAGAGCUAAAAGUGGCAUUAUUCAUAAGAAAAUGAGUCUGGUAGACUCCGCUAAUGUCGUCCUUCAAAAUGGCACAUUGAAACUGUGGAUAUUUCUAGACUGGUCCUCCGUUGAAGUCUUCGUAAAUGACGGACGGCAGGUGAUCACGAAUCUUAUUUUUUCUCAAAAAGAUAGCAGUGAUGAAGUAGACAUAUUUUGUUUAGGUCAUGAAGCCGAGGUGGUGAGCCUGAAGAUAUAUGAAUUAAAUAGUACGUGGGAGAAAUACUGGAACAACAACACAUGGGAUGGUCUUACUGACAUCUUGAAGAAAGUUAAGAUGAAUAAUAUUGAAACCCAUACUAAUUUAACAGAACUCAGUGCCAGUAAUUACUUGUGGAUUUUCAUAAGCGUAUUAAUUGUCUGUUACGGGCUCUUGCUAAACCUGCUGUGCAGAUCAUUUUCCAGAUAUUUCUGAUGAAAAAAAUAAUGCAGAUGGUGUAUCAUAAUAAAACAGACUGUGUCAUGGAUGUUCUUAAAGGCCAAUAUGACGGAGAAAAGCGUUUCAAAAUCGGAGACUAAGUUACGUUUUCAAACGGUUCAAAUCACAUCUUUCACCCUCGAGAGCAAACAUGUAGUGGUUACACCGAUGUUGACGGCUGUCGGGCCGGUUGAGGAAGUCCAUGGAGGUCACUCUGACGUCGGGCUCCAUUGGAUCGAAGUCGGCCCGACUUUGGGCCCUGGCGUUGUACUAGCUGGCGUAAUUUAUUGUGUGCAAGCCUUUUCAUUAGCCUGUUUUGUCAAGACGUCAUGUCGACUGCAUAUUAUUUUUAUAAACCCCAGGAAUCUCUUUCUCUACUUGUGACCGUAGUAAACUUCUUGAAAAGUUUAUCCUUGUUUUGCUGCAGUGAAUAACAAUUUUUGUAAGUAUAACGCUCUACAUAUUGAAAAAAGCUUUAUCAAAAUUCGUGAAGAAAUAUUUUCAAGUAAUUCCUCUAGUUUUGUAAUUUGAUUUUCAUUUUUUUUUUCGGGUCAGUCCACCGCCCCUUAGCAUGUCCCACGCCCCUAGGAUGUCGCGGCGCCCGCGCCUAGACUAUAGGAUGUCGCGGCGCCCGCGCCUAGUAAGAUUGAUUAUAAGGUAUUAUUAUAAUGAGACAUUAAGGUACAUA